GGUUGUACGGUGUACGCUGGAGGAAGCAUGCUAGCAGGCAACGAGCUACUAGUACUAAUGUACUAUUACUUGGUAGAUCUACCAAGGAUUAUUGUAUUGUUUGCCUUCACUUUUCAGAAUACUCGCAGCUAAAAGGUUCAAGUGUGUUGGCCAGUAAUAUCAGAGAUUCUCAUCAUCAUGAACAGGCCAGACUGUGUCUCUUGCAGAAGUAGCAGCACGCGAGGGAAGCUAUUGAAAUGUUUUCACUCGGUAUGCGUGCAGUGUUUGGAGACGCACACCAGCGACGAUAGUUCUGUGAAGUGUCCUGAUUGUGGAGCAACCACUCCACCGCCAUCGGCUGGUGUUCCCUUGUUGCAGUUCCUGCCAAACAGUGAUAUUGGGGAUGGGGCAGCUAGUGCUAGUGUCGGUGCAAGUAAGAAGUUGUGCGAUGAGUGUGGCGAGGAUACGGAAGCAGUCGCUGUCUGCAUGGAUUGUAGCGACUGUCUGUGUGCAGUGCAUGCUGAGGCGCACCCUGUGUCUCGCCGCACCUACAAACACAAGGUUGUGCCGCUUACUGCUGCCACUAGUGUUACGACUACGAGUACAACGAACUCAAUGGAGUUCGCUGCUGCAAAGUGCCCUUUGCAUCCAUCCUGUACGCAAUCGCACUACUGCAUGGCGUGUCAAAAAAUCCUGUGUAACAGUUGCCUAGCGUCUAGUCGCCACGACCAACAUGUGCAGGAUUUGCUACCCAUCGACGAAGCUGUUUCCACGAUUCGAGAAUCCCUUCUCACCAAGAUUAGAGCCAGUUUCUCCGGUGGCGAUAGUCAACUUGAACAAGCACUGGCUGCAACCAACAAUGCACUUUCACAGCUACACAACCAAACUGAGACUGUGUCAUCUCAAAUCAAUGACAUUUGCAUGGAAUUGAAGAACGCCGUUGAUAAGCGCCAGCAACAGCUACUUGACGAGCUGGAUAAAGUGCAAUCCGAACAUCGCUCGCCUUUGGAAGUUCGAAAGUGCCGUGUCCUAUCCGGUUUAUCAGCCGGCCAGAGCGUCAAGCACCUGGCCGGAUGUUGCCAGUCUGGCAGUAACUUCUUGAAGAUGUGUGCAUGGCUGGAGGAGGCAACAGAAGAUAUCAUGGCAACUGUUGAUGUGGAGGCUGAGUCAUUCCCAAGUGUUAAUCUGCUGUUCACGACCCUCGGCAGAGAGAAUGUUCUCAUGGCAAUAGCUGAAGCGGGCUGUGUGAGUACUAUAGACGCAAUGUCCCAUGAAAACAGCUCAGCGACCAUUCCAGCUGAGGUAAGCGAAGGGCAAGAUCUCUGUGUAUACAUUGACUUGAGGAACGACCAUGGCGUAGAACUACGCGCAGCAGAGGAAUAUUUGGACACUGUGAGAGUGGACGUUACAUCACCCGACAAUACCAUGACAGCUUGUCCUGUAGUCAAGGCAACAGAUGCGACCUCCUCACCCAGUCGACUUGUCGCUAUGUUCAAGACGGCUGGAUUGAAGGGACAAGUCCGUGUGUCUGCCACGGCCAACACAACGCAUCUCCAGGGAAGUCCUGCCGUGACAGCUAUCGUAGAUCCAGUUCUGUUUGACCCCUGGCGAUGUCAUGCCAAUCUUGCCCUUUCGAACAACGGCAGAACGGUCACACACGAUGGCCCAGUGGGGAAGCGCUCGGCGGUGUGUGGCUUAAGGCGGUGGAGGAGAGGCAAGUACGAGAUGUCCAUCCGCCUUGACAAGUGUGCCCCUCACUCAGCGGAUGCGUAUGAGAUCUUCCUCGGUGUGCUCAAUAUUCCAGAUCCCAUCCUGACGGGCUACUACUCAACAUUCGCCUGGAACAACUCAAACAGCAACGGUGGUCUGUUAGGGCAGCCGUGGCAAGCGGGGGACGUGAUUCACAUGUCACUGGACUGCGAAAGGCACACGUUAGUAGGUCGCCAUGAGCGCACCGGAGCAACGGACACCAAGAAGAACGUCGCAGGGGAGCUCUACCUCUACGUGAGCCUGAAACAUCACCGCAAUCAAGUCACCAUCCUCUAACACUUGACAUGAUAUUUCAACAGCUACUCAAUUUCUAGACAGAUGAUAAGUGUUCAGAAAUGUUGUUAUGUCUCUUUCAACGGGCAGAGAUCCGGAUACACUGAGUAUGUAAUUGCAUCACUACAGGUGGAAUCCUGAUAAUUCGAAUAUAGCUUACUUCGAACGUACCGUAUUAAUUAGAUGUUUCUUCCAGGAACAAUUUCGAGC